AUGGACGCCAACAACGCAAUCCAACAGCUUCGCCAAGGGCAAAAGCCAGAAUGGCCAGCAAAUGCCGAAUCAUUGGCCUUUGCACAAUGUCUUGACAACAACACUCAAAUACCCGAAACUCACCGAUCAGACUUCAUUGUACCAACCAAGGCGCAACUAAAGCGCAAAACACUCAAAGACGAUACCAAAACAGCAGCUGCGGCAUCAAGCGCGGAUGAAGAGAGUAUCUACUUCUGCGGAAACUCCCUGGGCUUACAGCCAAAGGCCGUUGGCGAACACCUGAACGCAUAUCUCAAGACAUGGGGCUCCAUCGGUGUCGGCGGCCACUUCACACGCCUCGAGGACUCCCCCCUCACCCCUUACCAAGACAUGGUUGCAGAAUGCUCGAGGAAGAUGUCCGACAUUGUUGGCGCAGCGCCAUCUGAGAUUGUCGCAAUGAACACACUGACCAUCAAUCUCCACUUGAUGAUGGCAGCCUUCUACAAGCCCACGGAAAAGAAGCACAAGAUCAUGUGCGAAUGGCGGCCCUUCCCCAGCGAUUGGUAUGCCAUAGAAUCGCAGAUAGAAUGGCAUGGUCUCGACCCCAAGAAAUCAAUGCUACUGGUAGAGCCAGACGAGGGCUACACCAUGACCACCAAAAACAUCCUCAAGCUCAUCGACGACAAUGUCGACGAACUUGCUCUCAUCAUGCUCCCCGGCAUCCAAUACUACAGUGGCCAACUCCUCGACAUCCCCACCAUCACUGCACAUGCACGCAAGCACGGCAUCACCAUUGGCUGGGAUCUCGCGCACGCCGCGGGCAACGUUGAACUAAAGCUCCACGACUGGGACGUCGACUUCGCCUGCUGGUGUACGUACAAGUACAUGAACGCAGGCGCAGGUGCCAUCGCCGGAGCCUUUAUCCACGAGAAGCACGGCAACAACGAGCACUACACCGGCCUCAAGGGCUGGUACGGCCACGACAAGUCCUCCCGCUUCCUCAUGGACAACCGAUUCGUGCCCACGCCCGGCGCCCAGGGCUUCCAGUGCUCCAACCCCUCCAUCGUCGACUUGACUUGUCUCUCCGGCGCCCUCAGCGUCUUCCAAAAGACAUCCAUGGCGCAUCUGCGCUCGCGCUCCCUGCUCCUCACCGCCUACGCCGAACACCUUCUCACCCAAAUCGCAGCCCGCAACAUCAAGAAUGGUGACUUCCCCUUCCAAAUCAUCACGCCCUCGGACCCCCGCUUCCGCGGCGCCCAACUCAGCGUCCUGCUCACAGAGGACAUCUUCGAGGAGGCGAGCGCGGAGCUCGAGCGCAGGGGCGUUAUUUGUGACAAGCGGAAGCCUGGGAUCAUUCGGGUGGCGCCUGUUCCGUUGUAUAAUACCUUUGAAGAUGUUUACAGGUUCAUGCAGAUUUUGGAGGAUGCGCUGCAGAUAGGGGAGGGACAAGGGCAGCAGCAACAGCAGCAGCAGGGGGAGAAGGCGGUAGAGGCGAGGUUGUAG